AUGAGCUCUAUUCCCGUUGACGUACAGCAAAUACUAAAACAAAUUGGUUUGAAAACGAUAUUGCAAUUUUUUAGACACGACGAAAAGGCUCUUUAUGAUGAAGUGAUCGAUAGUGAGAUGAAGCGAAGAGAAAGAGCCGUAUCAUUUUCAUCACCUCUACAGGUUUCUAAUAACCUUUUUGACGCUGCUAAUCACUUACCCUCUGAUACUUCCAAUCCUAACACAUCGAUGACUGUCCUAUCGGAGGUUACACCCGUCCUUGCAUCUACCGUUUCAACUCUCACCAAUGCUACCGCCUCACCAUCUUCACCAUCCUUAACACCAGCCCCCACGCCUGACCCUACGCCUGCCUAUAAAUCUACUACCACUACACACGAUGCCACUUUUGUCAAUAUUGAUACUACUGAAACUGUUGAUAAUAAUAGUUGCGCUUUAGAUGAGACAGCAGUAACCAAAUCUGUUGCGGUGGUUGUGACCAAAAGAAUUGAUGAUUUUUCCAUUGUUGAGGAGGCCAUAAGGUUUUUUGCUGCAGAACCUCCAGUAUCCAUUUCUCUCACCACUAUUGCACUUCGAGUCAUUGAUUGUAAUCAAGCUUUACAUAUGUACGAUAAAUCGAAAGGCCAAAUAUUGGGAGCAAAUAUUGUAAGGUGGAUAUCCGCAAUCAUCUACACUAAAAAAUAUGAAGCCCUGGAUGAAGCAGACCAGUUGAGAGCUCGCCAAGACGCCUACUGUAAUUCCAUAAGUAAGCAUUCAAAAAUAAUAAUUCUAGGCCGUAGAGGGAUAGACGUGCUGAGGAUUUUCAAGUUUAGUGGAUUUGGACUACUGUCAAAAUACAGUUGUGAUAAAAUAAUCAAGUUCCAUAAACAAACAUGGGCAAAAGAACUCAACUAUUUCCAGCAAGAUAUCCCGAUACUGAAAAAAUUGAAAAGCUGCGCCUUCCAUCCCGAUUGGAUUACACAAAUCCAUUCUAUUCUUGUCCCAUUGGAUCUAAAUUAUACCGAAGAACUCGCUUCUUCCGUAAAUGAAGGUGAUACCGAGCAACAUUCACUGUCCUUAAGACGUACAAGUCCCUUUCAGGACUCUGAUCCAAAGAGACAAAAAUAA